CACGUGCAAAACAAUCCCUCCAUGCGUUCGGCUCACCUACCCACCCCACGCCGCUAGGCGAAAGGGUGGUCUUCGUCGUCGAGAAUGAGUAGAAGGAGAAGCUCUUCCAGUCUUACAACUCCUCUUGUUCCUCUCGCCCCACCAAACCCCCCUAAGCCUAGCCUAAUCCAUGGCUGCCUCUCCUUCUCUCCGUCCCUCUUCCCGCUUCGCUCCUGCCCUCUCUGCCUCCCCUCGACGCUCCAGUUCUAUUCCAGCGGCUCUUCUCGUCCGCCGUCACGAUAUCAGUGCCGUCUCUCUUCGUUCUUUGUCUGGUGAUCGCUUUGGGGUGAAGCAGCGAGGGAUGAGACCGAGAUCCAGCGGAGAUCCGUUCGGGAUCUGCUGUGCAAGCUCCUCGCCGGUGGUUGAGAAGGCGGCGGAGGAGGCUGGAUCAAAGGUUUCCACCGUCGUGGAUGUGGAUCUUGGCAACCGUAGCUACCCCAUCUACAUCGGAUCCGGCCUUCUGGACGAGCCUGAUCUCCUCCAGCGGCAUGUUCAUGGCAAAGGAGUUCUUAUUGUGACGAACACGACGGUUGCGCCGCUUUAUCUUGAUAAAGUUGUGAAAGCUCUGACUCAUGGCAACCCAAAUGUAUCGGUUGAGAGUGUGAUUUUACCUGAUGGCGAGAAGUACAAGGAAAUGAAUACUUUGAUGAAGGUGUUUGACAAGGCUAUAGAGUCUCGGUUGGAUCGGCGGUGUACCUUUGUGGCACUGGGUGGUGGAGUGAUUGGUGACAUGUGUGGAUUUGCUGCAGCCUCUUUUCUUCGUGGUGUCAAUUUCAUUCAGAUUCCAACAACGCUUAUGGCUCAGGUGGAUUCAUCAGUUGGGGGUAAAACUGGGAUAAAUCAUCCUCUGGGCAAAAACUUGAUAGGAGCCUUUUAUCAACCACAGUGUGUGUUGAUAGACACUGAUACCUUAAAUACACUGCCUGAUAGGGAACUGGUCUCUGGUAUUGCAGAGGUUAUUAAGUAUGGGCUUAUUAGAGAUGCUGAAUUCUUUGAGUGGCAAGAGAAGAAUAUGCAAGCGUUAUUAGCAAGGGAUCCAAGUGCUUUAGCAUAUGCUGUCAAACGUUCUUGUGAAAACAAAGCUGAGGUUGUUUCCUUGGAUGAGAAGGAAGGUGGAUUGAGGGCAACCUUGAACUUGGGUCAUACAUUUGGUCAUGCAAUUGAGAAUGGAUUAGGCUACGGUGACUGGCUCCAUGGAGAAGCUGUUGGAGCUGGCACGGUUAUGGCUGUUGACAUGUCACGCCGUCUUGGCUGGAUUGAUGAUUCAGUUGUAGAGCGAGCCCUGAGCAUCUUGCAACAGGCCAGGCUUCCUACAGGUCCCCCUGAUGCUAUGACUGUUGAGAAAUUCAAAUCUAUCAUGGCUGUUGAUAAAAAGGUUGCUGAUGGAUUGCUACGGCUCAUCCUUCUCAAAGGACCUCUUGGUAAUUGUGUUUUCACUGGGGACUAUGACCGAAAUGCCCUUGAUGAAACUCUUCGUGCGUUCUGCAAAUGCUGAUUUUGUGGCCUGAAAUUGCUAUAUUCUGUUGUGGGUUAGCUUCAUAUUUCUUGAAUCAGAUUCGAUCCGUGUAUUUUGUUGUGUUGUAUGUGUUAUGUGCUUUGUUCAACUGAUUUGCUCCAAGUUGCACAAAAAUAAUGUAUUCCAGUGCACGAGGCAGUCAAGCUCACACAUAUCCUUAUGGGGGUGUUGGAUGUUCCAUAAUGCCUUGUGGGGAUUGCAGAUGCUUGUGAUUUUUUUGGGAAACAUAACAUCGGAGAGUUCCUUUGACUCUUUUGUAGAGUAUUUUUGUAACAUUUAUUUCGGACUCAGAUUAGGAAUUUAGGAUCAGUUAUUAAUUUGCAUACAUUACGGAGAUUCCUGAAAUUCGGAUAAUAAUAAAUUCAUGUUAAGUA